AAAAGCUCAACAGCAAUGGAAGCCAAGAUGAAUUUGGAAGAAAGAUUGCGUGAAUUAUGCUGCAUUGGCGACGAAAUAAAUGUAAAAGCACUCGUCCAGAGAGGUGUCAACAUAAAUGCUGCGAACGCGAUGAACGGAUGGACGCCUCUACAUUGGGCAGCGAAAAGAGGGCAUUUGAGUAUUGUGAAAUACCUCAUUCAGGAAGGAGUUGAUUCGGCAGCGCUCACACAUAAGGGGGAAACUGCUGCUAAACUUUCCAGUGACGGUGGAAUAAAAAAACUGCUUGGAGAAGGUGAUGGUACCGAAUCAAGCCAAGCCAGUGAGUCUUUACCUAUCGUGCCGAACUAUCUUCGAAAUCCGGAGUUUUUCUACGCCGAAAAAGACAAUUCUAGGAAUGAGGAUUCCAGAUUUAGACAGCAAGGGAUUACUAUUUCAAAUACGUGGAACCACGAAUCUUCGACAGAUGCAAACGCUUCGGGUAAUUCAAAUUGUUGUGCUGAAAAUUCUGAAAAGGAAAUUGUCAUAAAGUUGCGAGUUGCCGAUUCAGAAGAGGAAGACUUUAUAGAAGUUGACCUUGACAAAAGUAGCCUGACAUUUCAAUUUCUUGUGUCAGUUUGCUGCCAAGAGCUAGGCAUUGAAGCUAAAAAUGUUAAGAAAAUAAGAAAGUUACCGAACACUAUAGUAAGAAAUGAUAAAGACGUGAAAAGACUGGUUCCAUUUCAAGAACUGGAAGUAGUGAUGGAGGAAAAUGCGAGCUGAUUUUUUUUUCUAAGGUAGUUGAGGUUUGCCAGGUGUAUGUCACCAUUCCUGGAAAGUAUUGCAAACAAUAAUUUGUUUAAUUAAAUCGUUAUCAGUGUUU